AUGUCAACCGCAUCCAGCUACCCCUCAUGGGCAAAGCUCCAAGAGAUCUAUGACAAGCAAAAGGCGUCCCUCAAGCUCAGGGACCUUUUCGCGUCCGAUCCCGAGCGCUUCUCCAAGUUCUCCAGGACGUACACCUCGUCUUCCAACCCGGAGAACAAGUUCCUCGUCGACUACUCUAAGAACCUCAUCACCCCCGAGAUCCUGAGCGCGUUGUUCAGCCUUGCGCGCGAGGCCAAUGUCGAGAGCCUCCGGGACGCCAUGUUCGCCGGCGAACACAUCAACACGACCGAGGACCGCGCCGUCCUUCACGUCGCCCUCCGCGAUAUCACAUCGUCCUUCACCAGCAAGACGUCCAAGGAGCCGGGUGUCAACGAGGUCCCCAAAGUCCUCGCCCACAUCAAGUCCUUCUCCGACGCCGUCAGGUCCGGCGACUGGAAGGGCUACACCGGCAAGCCCAUCAAGUCCAUCGUCAACAUUGGCAUCGGCGGCAGCGAUCUCGGCCCCGUCAUGGUCACCGAGGCGCUCAAGCCCUACUCCAUUCGCUCCCUCGACUUCCACUUCGUCUCCAACAUCGACGGCACCCACCUCGCCGAGACCACCAAGCUCUGCGACCCCGAGACCACGCUCUUCAUCAUCGCCUCCAAGACCUUCACCACCCAGGAGACCAUCACGAACGCGAUCUCCGCUCGCAACUGGUUCCUCGCCACCGCCAAGGACCAGGCGCACGUCGCGAAGCACUUCGUCGCGCUCUCCACCAACACCGCCAAGGUCACCGAGUUUGGCAUCGCCGAGGAGAACAUGUUUGCGUUCUGGGACUGGGUCGGCGGCCGCUACAGCCUCUGGAGCGCCAUCGGUCUCAGCAUCGCGCUCAGCAUCGGGUACGAGAACUUUGAGGAACUCCUUCGCGGCGCGAACGACAUGGACAAGCACUUUACCUCGACGCCCUUGGAGGAGAACCUGCCCGUCAUCCUCGCGCUUAUCGGCAUCUGGUACAACGACUUUUACGGCUCGCAAACGCACGUCCUUCUCCCCUAUGACCAGUACCUGCACAAGUUUGCGGAUUACUUCCAGCAGGGUGACAUGGAGAGCAACGGCAAGACCGUCACAAAGAAGGGUGAUAGGGUCAACUAUCAGACUGGCCCAAUUAUCUGGGGCGCGUCCGGUACCAACGGCCAGCAUUCCUUCUAUCAACUCCUUCACCAGGGCACGAAACUCGUCCCCGCGGACUUUCUCGCGCCGGCGACGAGCCACAAUGAGCUCAAGGUUGCUGAUGGCGGCUCUCACCACCGCAUCUUGCUCUCCAACUUCUUCGCGCAGCCCGAAGCUCUCGCGUUCGGCAAGACCGAGGAGGAGGUUCGCAAGGAGCUCGGUCCGAAUGCGUCCGACAUCGUGGUGAAGGCGAAGGUCUUCGAGGGCAACCGGCCCAGCAACAGCAUCCUGUUCCCGAAGCUGACGCCAGCUGUACUUGGCUCAUUGAUCGCUUUGUACGAGCACAAGAUCUUCGUCCAGGGCGCAAUUUGGGGCAUCAACUCGUACGACCAAAUGGGUGUCGAACUUGGUAAGGUCCUCGCGAAGAACAUCCUCAAGCAGCUAGGGAAGCCCGAGGAUGUUUCUGGCCACGACAGUUCGGUGCGUGUCCUUUCUUGGAACGUCUGCUUAUGCCGUAUCCCGCUCAUGCAUUCGCAGACAACGGGCAUCAUCCACCAGUACCAGGCCUGGCGCAAGGAGUAG